UCGGAAUUAGUGGGGGAGCUCGCCGAGAAGGAGGAGGCUGUGCUUAGCUUGAAACGCCAGCUGACAGAAGUGAAGGAGCAUGCAGAGGAGUCGGUCAAGGAGAAAGAUGAACAGUUGGAGAAUUUGCGGAGGAGUUUGGCAGAUCUUCGAGAAAAGGCGGAGCAGGCGGAGCCUCUGUUGCGCCUUGGGUCUCCCGGAACGUUGCAGUCGUUUGUGCCUACGCAUGGCUUGGAAGAUUCGUCCGAAUCUGCUGACGAGGCUAGAUUAUCGCCGAAGUUGAACACGAGAGGCGCUGAUGGUCUUAUUUCUACAACCAACGCACGGAAGCUUGAUAUCUCUGGGGUAACCAGCGUUCCAGCUCUUCAAAUGGGGAAAGAAACACUCCAGGAGUGCUCUCCAAAACAACGAAACACGGGUGGCCAAGUAGAAUUAGGGAGUUCUCCAUCAAAGGACGAACUCGUUAGAGAGGCCCGCCAGCGAGAGAAAAUGCUAUAUCAACAGCUUCAGCAGGUCCAGUGUGAUCAUGAAAGGCUGAAGAAGGAAAACCAAGCACUUAAGCAUGCACUGAUGAAUACAGCCCAGGAAUCUGCUGAAAAGGAGGAUGCAAUUCUCAGAGAUAAAGAAGAGUACAACGUACUUCGGAAGGAGCUGGAGAACGCAAUGCGAAACGCUCAAGACUCCAGAUAUGUGGCACAGAUGGAAAGGGAAAGACGCAUUGCCCAAGUGAUGCAGCUGAAGGCACAGCUAGCAAAAUGGCAGAGAAGACUUUGCAACCAACCAAGCAUUGUUCAUAUGGGACAGACGGAAGCCAAAAUGGCGCCAGAAGACGAAAAUCACAUAUCUUCCAAAGGAGGAAAUGCUGUCUUUCUCAGCACAGCGGGACGACGCCGCAAUUUGUCAGCAGACGCGAGCUCCCAUUCAUUUGAUCGUACUGCAUCAGGAACUUGCCAGCUUACUUCAAAACACUGCUCAGGAAGAUCAACAGGUGGCAGUGUCGCACAUUUAGUGCGAAUGGUUGACGCCUACACACGCCACAAUGUUCUCUUAGAACCCCCUUGUGACUCAGUCCUCACGGUUGUGGAUCGGUUGAAGCGUAGGGCGUGA